AUACUUGGCUAUGGAUUAUCUUUGUCCAGGUGCAAAAUGCAUCAGGUCAGUGGGAGAGCAUUGGCACCAAAAAUGCCGAGGAAGUACAAUACCCAGCUACAGUCUACACGAUUACGGGUCUCCGAAGCAGCACUUUUUACAAGAUUGAACUGCGAGCGCAUAAUGCUAUUGGAUUUUCUACCCCGGCCGAGGCAGUCAUCAAGACUGCGCAUGAUCCAUCGGCGCCGCCAGGUAGCGGGUCGGGGUCGCCAGUGCAGUACAGUAGCGUUGCCCCCUCCAUCAGUGCCCCCGCCCACGGUACCUUUCUGCUUACUGUCUGCUGCUGCCUUCUCUCUGCCCUCACGGCCGCCACUACGCAUUAGGCCUACAUCAUGCAUACUUACCAGUUAUACUCAACUAGGAAUCAGAUAAAUUUUUUUUAUAACAGGACCAAAAUAAGUGAUAAAGAAAAGAAUAUAUCUAUCCCUCUCUCUAUAUAUAUAUGUGUAGGCAGUUGAAUUAGGGUCAGAUAAUACUAGGACUGUUAAAAGAUUUUCUGAUGGCUGGAUCUGCCAGUUUGCAAUAUUUCUCGGUGUAUCCUUACUAUACGUGUAAGGAAAUGGAAAUAGGUUCCUUCCAUG